CCAGCAACUUCAACGGCAGCCCCAGAAACAACCAUCCAAUCGACAACACCUGUUCCAACAACAACAGCAGCUCCAGAAACAACCACACCAUCAACAACUGUGACCACAACAACUACCACUACAACAGUGACAACAACACCAGGUGUUUGUGAGGAGGACUUGGAUAUGUUGAAUGUUACCAUCACCCUUACUGCUGAUGGGAGUGAUCAGAGUACCAACGGAACUUAUCACACUGGUGUCUGGAGUCAAUAAAUUCAAUAUUGAGCUCUCUAUCCCAGGGUACAUGACGAUUGUGAAUGCGCUGAGUCUAUUUGAGGUUGGAGGACAAAACACCCCUCUAGAGAGGGUUCGCAUCUCAAAUAUUAGGCCUAGUCCAAGCGGCGGUGAUACUAUUGAAUAUGAUGUUAGCUCCACUCCUCCUGGCAUGUUUAGAGUUCUUGAUACAUUUGAAAAUGCACCUGUUGAAUCUUUUGACAUUGAAGUACUGGAUGAGACUAGCAGGCCCUUAAUUAUUGAAGUCCAAGUCAGAGGAUGUAUUGAACAAGUUCCAAUAACAACAACGGCAGCCCCAGAAACAACCACACCAUCAACAACUGUGACCACAACAACUUCCACUACAACAGUGACAACAACACCAGGUGUUUGUGAGGAGGACUUGGAUAUGUUGAAUGUUACCAUCACCCUUACUGCUGAGGGGAGUGAUCAGAGUACAGAUGGAACUAUCACACUGGUGUCUGGAGUCAAUAAAUUCAAUAUUGAGCUCUCUAUCCCAGGGUACAUGACGAUUGUGAAUGCGCUGAGUCUAUUUGAGGUUGGAGGACAAAACACCCCUCUAGAGAGGGUUCGCAUCUCAAAUAUUAGGCCUAGUCCAAGUGGCGGUGAUACUAUUCAAUAUAAUGUUAGCUCCACUCCUCCUGGCAUGUUUAGAGUUCUUGAUACAUUUGAAAAUGCACCUGUUGAAUCUUUUGACAUUGAAGUACUGGAUGAGACUAGUAGGCCUUUAACUAUUGAAGUCCAAGUCAGAGGAUGUAUUGAACAAGUUCCAACAACAACAACGGCAGCUCCAGAAACAACCAGACCAACCACAACUGUGACCACAACAACUACCACUACAACAGUGACAACAACACCAGGUGUUUGUGAGGAGGACUUGGAUAUGUUGAAUGUUACCAUCACCCUUACUGCUGAGGGGAGUGAUCAGAGUACCGAUGAAACAAUCACACUGAUGUCUGGAGUCAAUAAAUUCAAUAUUGAGCUCUCUAUCCCAGGGUACAUGACGAUAGUGAAUGCGCUGAGUCUAUUUGAGGUUGGAGGACAAAACACCCCUCUAGAGAGGGUUCGCAUCUCAAAUAUUAGGCCUAGUCCAAGUGGCGGUGAUACUAUUGAAUAUAAUGUUAGCUCCACUCCUCCUGGCAUGUUUAGAGUUCUUGAUACAUUUGAAAAUGCACCUGUUGAAUCUUUUGACAUUGAAGUACUGGAUGAAACUAGCAGGCCCUUAACUAUUGAAGUCCAAGUCAGAGGAUGUAUUGAACAAGUUCCAACAACUACAACGGUAGCUCCAGAAACAACCACCCAAUCGACAACACCUGUUCCACCAACAACAACGGCAUCUCCAGAAACUACCACACCAUCAACAACAACUGUGACCACAACAACUUCCACUACAACAGUGACAACAACACCAGGUGUUUGUGAGGAGGACUUGGAUAUGUUGAAUGUUACCAUCACCCUUACUGCUGAUGGGAGUGAUCAGAGUACCGAUGGAACUGUUACACUGGUGUCUGGAGUCAAUAAAUUCAAUAUUGAGCUCUCUAUCCCAGGGUACAUGACGAUAGUAAAUGCGCUGAGUUUAUUUGAGGCUGGAGGACAGAGCACCCCUCUAGAGAGGAUUCGCAUCUCAAAUAUUAGGGAUCGUCCAAGCGGCGGAGAUACUAUUGAAUAUGAUGUUAGCUCCACUCCUCCUGGCAUGUUUAGAGUUCUUGAUACAUUUGGUAAUGCACCUGUUGAAUCUUUUGACAUUGAAGUCCUGGAUGAGACUAGCAGGCCCUUAACUAUUGAAGUCCAAGUCAGAGGAUGUAUUGAACAAGUUCCACCAACUACAACCACAUCUCCAGAAACAACUACACCAUCAACAACAUCCGCAGAGACUACAACUACUGCCAUGCCAGUUACUACAGGUGAAAUUGGCGAUGCAGCUGUAGAAACUACGCGCCCACCAAGAUCUACACAACCAGCAACUACAACGGCAGCUCCAGAAACAACCACCCAAUCGACAACACCUGUUCCAACAACAACGGCAUCUCCAGAAACUACCACACCAUCAACAACAACUGUGACCACAACAACUACCACUACAACAGUGACAACAACACCAGGUGUUUGUGAGGAGGACUUGGAUAUGUUGAAUGUUACCAUCACCCUUACUGCUGAGGGGAGUGAUCAGAGUACCGAUGAAACAAUCACACUGGUGUCUGGAGUCAAUAAAUUCAAUAUUGAGCUCUCUAUCCCAGGGUACAUGACGAUAGUGAAUGCGCUGAGUCUAUUUGAGGUUGGAGGACAAAACACCCCUCUAGAGAGGGUUCGCAUCUCAAAUAUUAGGCCUAGUCCAAGCGGCGGUGAUACUAUUGAAUACGAUGUUGGCUCCACUCCUCCUGGCAUGUUCAGAGUUCUUGAUACAUUUGAAAAUGCACCUGUUGAAUCUUUUGACAUUGAAGUACUGGAUGAGACUAGCAGGCCCUUAACUAUUGAAGUCCAAGUCAGAGGAUGUAUUGAACAAGUCCCAACAACAACAACGGCAGCUCCAGAAACAACCACACCAUCAACAACAACUGUGACCACAACAACUUCCACUACAACAGUGACAACAACACCAGGUGUUUGUGAGGAGGACUUGGAUAUGUUGAAUGUUACCAUCUCCCUUACUGCUGAGGGGAGUGAUCAGAGUACCGAUGAAACAAUCACACUGGUGUCUGGAGUCAAUAAAUUCAAUAUUGAGCUCUCUAUCCCAGGGUACAUGACGAUAGUGAAUGCGCUGAGUCUAUUUGAGGUUGGAGGACAAAACACCCCUCUAGAGAGGGUUCGCAUCUCAAAUAUUAGGCCUAGUCCAAGCGGCGGUGAUACUGUUGAAUAUGAUGUUGGCUCCACUCCUCCUGGCAUGUUUAGAGUUCUUGAUACAUUUGAAAAUGCACCUGUUGAAUCUUUUGACAUUGAAGUACUGGAUGAGACUAGCAGGCCCUUAACUAUUGAAGUCCAAGUCAGAGGAUGUAUUGAACAAGUUCCAACAACAACAACGGCAGCUCCAGAAACAACCAGACCAACAACAACUGGUAAGUUGAAUCAAUCAGGUACCUUUUCAACAGUCUAA